AUGUCAGAUAAAGAAACUAAAGCUCAAGAGCAGGAAGUCUUGACGAGAAUAUCACCUAACCGGUCUAAAGAUGAAGAAGAUGGAGAAUUGGGAGGUGGCUUACGAGACGAAGAAAAGUACUUUGAAGACUCCACUUCACUGGAGUUUGACAUGGUUGAUUUAGAAGCCAAUGAUGAAAUAUUACAUGCCAAAAUGAAAUUAAUCAAUGAUGCCAUUGAUGAAAUUGGUUUCACUCCGUACCAUUUGAAGUUGUUUUUCUUGAAUGGUAUGGGAUACUGGACUGAUAAUCAGUUGAAUUUCUUGGAGAGUACUGUACGUCAAUUUAUCAAUUAUCAAUUUGGAUACAAGUUCCCCGUCACUGCUGAAACUUAUGCUGGUGGUAUGAUUUUAGGAGCAUUGGUGUGGGGGUUUGGUGCUGAUUUAAUUGGGAGGAAGUUGGCUUUCAAUUUGUCCCUUUUAUUGAGUGCUAUUUUUGCAAUUAUGGCUGGUAUGAUGGGUAACAUGGCCAGUUACGCUUUAUUCGUUUUGUUAUCAGCUUUCGCUGCUGGAGGUAAUUUGGUUUUGGAUACUUGUGUGUUUCUUGAAUUUUUGCCUCAUAAGGAUCAAUGGUUAUUAACUUUUUUUGCUUUGUUUUGGGGUAUUGGUCAAACUAUAGCUACUGCGUUGGGCUAUGCCUUUUUGCCCAACAACACAUGUGAUUCAGCCGAUUAUUGUCCCUCGCAUAUAAACAAAGGUUGGAGAUAUGUGUGGUACACCAAUGGAUCCAUCGUUUUGGCUAUGGCUAUUUUGCGUGUCACUGUCAUUAGAUUGAAAGAAACCCCCAAAUUCUUGGUUGCCAACAACCGUGAUGCCGAAGCCGUUGCAGUUUUGCAACAUAUCGCUAUAAAAUACAACCGUCCUUGCUCAUUGACGUUGGAACAAUUGUUGGAAUGCGGCGAAAUCAAGAGUAAUUCCGAUUAUAGAAAUCAUUUCAAUGUUAAAGGUACAUUUGAGCUCAUGUUUAAACAUUUGAAAGUACUAUUUGCCACUGCCAAGGCAACAAGAUCAACCAUUUUGUUAUUCAUUUCAUGGGCAUUCCUCGGAAUUUCGUACCCGCUUUACUCAUCCUUCUUGCCACAAUACUUGGCCACAAGAGGUGCCAACAUUUCAGCUUCCACUACUGGAGGAGUCUAUCGUGACAACCUUAUUGCCAAUGCAUGUUCUGUUGGUGGUCCAAUUAUAGCUGGUCUUAUGUUGAAAUUCAUCCCCAAGCUCGGAAGAAGAGGAGUGAUGUUCAUUGGAGGUAUAGCAACCAUGGCGCUUUUGUUUGGAUAUACGCAAGUUAGAACUAGAGCACAAAAUGUCGGGUUCACCUCAAGUGUUUACGUGGCAUUGUAUAUCUACUAUGGUGUCAUUUUUGCAUACACGCCUGAGGUCAUGCCCAGUGCAGCAAGGGCCACGGGAAAUUGUUUGUGUUUAUUUGCUACGAGAAUAUGUACCGCCAUGGUGCCCAUCAUUGCCUAUUACUCAGAUACAUCUUCUGCUGUACCAAUUUGGAUCUGUGGUGCUUUCGUCGGUGUCAUUGGUGUCAUUGCAUUGUUCCUACCAUUUGAGCCAAGUAAACAAAGAGUGGUCUAA